AUGCCUCGCCACAGUGGAAGUGGCGUUGUAAAGGAAAAGGAUAAAGAUAAAGAUGGUACGAAAGAGAAGCCACAUGGUAAAGAAAAACAUCGAGAAAAAACCGAUCGUAAAACACAUGCUGACAAUGAGCGGGUCGGACCAAGUAGGAAACAUUCCGUACGUCCAACCGAUGAGUUGAAAUUGCUGCAGGAUAGCCUCACACAGUUUUUCACGCCAUCUGCUGGACGACGAUGUCGUCAACCGCCUCGAAAAUUUGACGAAUCUGGAGUGAACAGCGAUGAUAGCGUUCAUCACCACAAUGAAAGCGGUGGCGAAAAGGUCGAACCUCCCGCUGAAAAAAUAGCUCGACGAAAAAAGUCGUCCACUGAGUCUUCAAUAAUGAAACCUCUCACGGUCGACGUUGGAGGCAAAAGCUGA